GCAAUGGUGGUCGCCUUAUUCCUCAACUUUAUUGACGUGUCAGUCAUCGAUGCGUGGAGGCUAUACCAAAUCGCUCAAGGCAACAUCAACUGAAAUCUCCUUCAGUUCAGAAGAAAACUGAUCGUGGCUCUUCUCAACACUUAGAAAAAAGAGAUAGAUCAUAAAUGUUCAGUUCUCACAUUUCAUAAACAGAUAGGAAGUCUUUUGAAGAACAACUUUCAAGAAGAAACAUUAGUUCUGGAUAUUUCGUGGUGAAAGAUUUACAAUGUAAAUGUGUCUGUUGCAAAUACUGUAAGAAUCAAACUGUUUGUAGCAGUGUCCAAUGUGAUGUCGGAUAAUAUCUCUAAUGUUUUAAACUGUAUCAUAAGUGAAUUAGAAUAAAAUCACAAUCCGUUCAAGUGCUAAGAAUUAUAUAUUGUGUUUUGCCAAAAUUCGAAUAUCGCAACAUUUAUCGUUCGUUAAAUUCUUCAAAUUGAAAAUCCAUUCGAACUAAAGUUAUUAGAAUUAGAUUCCAUUUUUCUCCGGAAGCGAUUUCAGUUAAAUAAGUUUUUAAUUAAACAUGAUUCGAAACUGGUUAAUAUGGUUUGUGGGAUUGUAUUGCGUGAACAAAGAAUUAUUCAUUUCUACAAAAGGUGAGGUUAUCCAGACUAACGACAAAUUAGAAACUACUUAUAACCGUUCUGAUGAAAAUCUGGAUGUCGUGAAAUACAGUGGAUUCAAUGUAAAACAAGAAGACAAAAUUGUAGCAGAAGUAAAUUCUCUUAAGGGACGACUUCAUAUUCAAAUUGUAUCAAAUAAAGUGAAAGUGGAAUGGAGUGACAAAUUAGCAAAACUCGCUAAGGAUUGGGGCGAUCAAUGUAAAAGGGAAUUUGGUCCUCCUGGUUGUGAGAAAAAAUUCAGUCAAAAUAGAGGUUCAAUCAACAAAUCCUUUGAUGAAAUACACCUAAUAAACGAAUGGGCUAGGGCUAAUUACACCUAUGAAACCAAUACUUGUAAUGGUAUUUGUGAUUCAUACAAAAAUAUUAUGUGGGCCGAAAGUUACGCAAUUGGUUGUUCAAAAUCGAGUUGCGAAAAUCUCGGUUCGGGCCAUUUCAUGAUAUGCAACAUUUAUCCUCCUAUUGAUGUGAAUAAGAGACCAUACUUAAUAGGGUACGCAUGUGGCGAUUGUCCAACUGGUUAUCCUUGUAAAGAGGGAUUUUGUGAUAAAGAAGACAAAAGUGUACCUAAAGAAAUAAUUAAUUGUAUCCACGCUAAAGGAUAUGACGAAAUGAAUGUUGCAACUGAAUCCGGAAAUGGACUUAUUGCUGAAAAAGCUACAUUACUUUUAAUGGGAUUGUUAUACCCAUUAUUAAUUGAUUAAAUUACUUUCAAUUACAUUAUUUCAACGAUUGUAAUUUGAAUUAUAUGUAAUGCAAAAUUCUUUUAAUAUAGAAAAUAUAUUGAUUGAAG